UAUCAGUAAGAGAGGGCUACAAUACUCGAUUGAAGGUGUGGGUACUGCAUUGCUCCCCAGGAGUAACACCAUGUAUCCAAACUAUCCAAACCUUUGACGAGGCAGUACACACUAUACCACCAACGAUGUCACAGCCCAAAACAAACUCUGAGUCAUAUGCUGCGCACACAUAGAAAGGUAACUUUCAUUUGCAAACGUCAAACCUUAACAGGCGCUGCUCGAAAGUUGAGCCUACUAUCGCCGACUGCGCAGCCUUCUCCCGCUGACGUGCUUCGAAUUCACCGCUCACCUUCACAACAGCAUCCCCAUCACCGUGGCCACUCUUCACCACCCUCCUCACUGCCUUCAGCACCGCGCCGGCCACCGAGAUGGCGCUCAGUUUCCCGACAACCGCACACCGCAUUGGAGACACUCCACUACCGCUCUUUGUCGCCUCAUUACAUGGAGCAAGAUCCGGCAUUUCCACCGCUGCUCUUCUCAAUACUCACCGCGGGCCUCUCGCCUACGAGAGCUAUGGAGGUUCAAUCCGAUCGAGUUUCAACCGCAGCGGACGAGCCCUGCAUUAACAAGCAGGUGAAGUUGAACAUCAAACUACGGAUAUCGAGCAUGCGCCGCUCCCGCUCAGACAGUGAAAUCUAUGAAAGCCCGCCGUCGCCGCCCUCAACCUCACGACACUCGCUCCCACCCACCUCGACGCCGCGCCGCAGAUUAGAAGAUUUUUCAUUGCCACCACUCCAAAUUUCCAAAGCUCGACCCAGUAUCGCAAUCGAUCUUCUUCCCAACAUCCCACCUACGCCAGAAGCGAUGCUCAACCCACCCUUGAGCCCGUUCACCCUUCUCUGCCCAGCAUGCCACACCCUGCGGCCCCGUAUCGCCAAGGGCCAAGCUACUGCCGUGUGUCGAGCAUGCUUGACAGCAUUCAAGAGCACAGAAAGGACCUGUAAGUCGUCGCAUAGGCUAGGAAGCGUCCUCACCAGCUUCCCGCCAUUGGUUGCUGGCGAGAGUAGCGAGAGUGAAGAGGAAGAUACAAACGCCGAAGCUGGGGCAGGAUCGAGAAAGCUCAGUAUCGUCGGAGGUAUCACUCGAGUCUUUGGGAUGCUGAGGGGCGGAGCGGCAAAAAGCCGGAGGGAAGUGAGAGUAGUGCGGAGAGCUGGUGGGAUAAUGGAAGUGGUGCGAGUGGAAGCCGGUCUGCGUCAUGGUCGUUAUUCACGGUCUCGACGACUUCUCGAGACUGAUAAGUAGGCAGAGAUUUGCUUUUAUGUAUAAGCAUUUGGUACGCUUCAAUAUUGCAAUGGCACCGUGCUUCGUUUUCGUAUCGUUCUAUGAGUAGGACCUAGCUCAGUCCAAUGCGUCUGCAAGCAGUAGGAAUCUUCCACAGAGAAAGCCAAUCUGAUUCUACUGAUCUGAUUAAGUUUUCUCACUUUCAGCAUCUAGGUUGUACUUACCUUAGACUAUUAUGCGGGAAGGUGCGGUCCCUACCAUUAGGGCAGUCCUUCACUUAGCGCCGCCCGCCACACUCCACCAUCACUCCUACGCUACACUCUAUGAACACCUCCGACAACUCCAUGUAGCCACUCAGCGCUUAACUUCUAUCAGUGAGAAUCAAACUG